GCCACUCUGGAACCUCAUUUCGCUUCCCCGUUCCGGACCAUAUUUCAAUUCCCCUUUUUAGGUCAUGGUGCAUCCCUCCCCCCCGUCUCUCUUCCCCCCCGUAUCACACCUCAACACAUAUUUUCUUUUAUUUCUUCAGCCACCCAGCAAAACCACCAGAUUGAUGCGUGAUGAUCGCCUUGCCCCGUCCGUCAGCCUCAUCGUUAGUCUGGAUGCUGAGCGACCCUCCAUCCGUCCCAAAGGGAAGGGAAGGGGAUUGAAGGGGGCCCGGUCCAUGCAUCCAUCUGACAGACUUCCCGAUUCGGAGUGAUGAUCUUCAGGUCGCCUCCGUGGCGGACCCAGCUAGCUAGCAUUUUUUUUUUAUUACUAUAAU